AUGAGUAGACCAGGAGAAACGGUAGAAGAGACGGAAAGGAGGAUGUUGGAGGAGUUAAGACAGAGUUUGGGACAAUUGCCUGGUGCAAAUGAUACCCCCAAAGGAUCGACCCAAGGAGAUGAUUUCUAUCCUCCCCUACCCCUUGAACCACCUCCUCAGCCAAUUGGACUAUCAGAAGCGCCAACUGUGAGGACAGGUUCCGAAGGUUCAGGACAAACUCCACGACCCAGGGAGAGGAACGCGGAAAGUAGACUAAGUUUGGCGGGGAGCGAAGUAGUAGGAGGAACGGAGGAGGAAGCUACAACUCAGAAGAUGAUGCUGGCAAUAAUGAACAUGAUGAUGGAAAUGAAUAAAGAUAUGAUAGCAGAGAGGAAACAUCAAGAGGAGCAGGAGAAGAAGAAGGAACAAGAGACGGUUGGGGAAAUACUACAUUCAAAUCGAGAUACAUCACCAUCAAAGAAAACCCUAGUUAGAGUAACUACGUCAAAGUACGCCAUAGUUACACCCGCUUUUGACGUCUGCGCCCUCCUGUUUGGGUGA